CGAAGAUGGACACUUCAGAGGAGAAAGCAGACGAAGAAGGUCAGACUGUAGAGUCUGAAGAAAAAGAGCAGGAUGAGAAGCCAGAGGUGGAUGAGAUCCCUGUGGACAUGUACUAUGAUUAUGAGAAGCUCUACUCGAGGCCUGUCACCACCGCAGACUCUGACAUCCCAGAGAACUUGCUGCACCUGUCUCACUCGUUUGGUUAUGACUGCGAGCGGAGAGCUAAUCUGCAGGUGCUGGACGAGCACACGCUGACCUUCAUGGCAGGGAACCUGCUCGUCCUCCUGGACACGAGGACCAAACAGCAGCGCUGCCUGCGCUCGUGUGGAGGGGGAGCUAUUGGAGCUAUCAUGUGUCACCCCAGUAAGCGAUAUGUAGCUGUAGCAGAGAAGGGUCAUGAGCCGGAUAUCAUUAUUUAUGAGUAUCCUUCACUGAGGCCCUACCGCAUCCUCAGAGGGGGCACAGAGCAGGCCUACAGCUUUGUGGACUUCAACCGCGAUGGCUCCCUGCUGGCUAGUGUUGGUAGUGCAAACGAUUACAUGCUCACGCUGUGGAACUGGAGGCAGGAGCAGGUGAUCUUGAGAUGCAAAGCCUUCUCGCAGGACGUCUACCGGGUCACCUUCUCAGCCGAUAACCCCGGCCAGCUCACCACGUCCGGAUCGGGACACAUCAGGUUCUGGAAGAUGGCCAGCACCUUCACAGGCCUGAAACUGCAAGGCGAGCUGGGCAGAUUUGGGAGAACUGCCCUCACUGACAUUGAAGGUUAUGUGGAGCUGCCAGACGGCAAGGUCCUCUCAGGUUCUGAAUGGGGCAACAUGCUGCUGUGGGACGGCGGGCUGAUCAAGGUGGAGAUCUGCCGGAAGGGCGGCAGGACGUGCCACAACGGCACCAUCCAGCACUUCUCCCUGGACGAGGGCGAGCUCCUGACCAUCGGCAUCGACGGAGUUGUCAGGAGUUGGGACUUUGAGAGCAUUGACCAGGCAGACUGCACGGACGACAGCGGCCAGGUGGAACUGGAGCCCAUGAACGAGUUGGUGGUUGGACGCAACGUCAUCCUGGUGUCCAUGGUGAAGAGCACCUGUCCAGACCCCCCCAUCUGGUUUGCCCAGGAUUCAGGUGGUGGCAUUUGGAAGCUAGAUCUGUCCUUCUCCAAUAUGACCCAUGACCCAGAGUGUCUCUUCUCCUUCCACGCCGGUUUGAUCAUGGCCAUGGAUGUGUCUGGCAACAGUCACCUCAUGGCUACCAUAGCCAUGGACCGCUGUCUCAAAGUUUUCGACUUCCUGGCCAACAAAGAAAUUCUCUCCACUCGCUACAAGCAAGCAGGAACCACCCUCACCUGGGCACCUCGCACAGUCCACAGAAGUCACGGUCUGCUGGCCGUGGGUUUCAAGGACGGCGUUGUGCGUCUUCUGGAGAUUUUUAACCCCAGGAGUCUACACUCGGCGACCACAGCCGGUGAGGUAGAGCUCUUUCUCAGACAGGCCCUCAAGCCCCAUGAUGCACCUGUGACAGCCAUCGCUUACGAACGCAACGGAGAGAUCAUGGCCACAGGGAGUGCCGACUGCACUGUGUUUUUCUUCACUGUGGGAGAGCUGUAUGAUCCCAUAGGCUUUGUGAAUGUCCCAGGGCCCGUGCUGAGGCUGGAGUGGUCUCCUCACUCUCACGAGAAAAGCACUCUGCUGAUCCUGUGUGACAAUGGGCACGUGGCAGAGGUGGACGCCCCAGACCAGGACACUCAGAGCGUCAGGAGCACAUACCUGCUGCAGGACCUGAAAGUCCGGCACUUCUGCUUUAGAAGCAUCAAAUCCAGCAUCAAGAGGGAUGCGGAGGUGGCCCGGCGCCAGGCCCUGAAGCAGCAGCGCGUGAAGGAGCGGGACGCGCGCGUGAAGGCGGCGCAGGAGCAGGAGCGGCAGCCCACCGAGGAGGAGCAGCGGCUGGAGGGCGAGGAGGAGGACGAGGAGGAGCUGCCGCCCGUCUACAUCCCCUCGCCGCCCAGCCCACUGCUCUGUGGCUUCUACUCGCAGCCUGGCACCUUCUGGAUCUCCAUGGGAGGGUUUGACUCUGGCUAUCUGUACCACUGUAAGUUCUCUGAGGACCAGAGUGAGAGUCCAGAGGACAGGAUGGACAAGCCGUUUGCCUUCAUCCCCCUGCAGGACGCUGAUGAGGACCCCAUCUGCACAGUGGCCUUCAACUCCAGUCGUCAGCUGAUGCUGUGCGGCAUGCACUCGGGGCGUGUGCGCGCGUACCCCCUGGAGUCCGGCGACCACCACCUCAGCUCCAUGCAGGCCUUCUGGUCCCUCGGCGUCCAUGACAACCAGUACGGCCACGUGCAGCACGUGCGCUGUAGCUACGACGACCAGUUCGUGCUGACCGCGGGCCAGGACGGCAACAUCUUCUCCUUCAGCCUGCUGCCUCUGGAGGAGUUGCAGAAAGCGCUGCAGAGCAAGAAGGCCAAAGUGCCCUCGCCAAGGAUUGGCCUAGAAAUGAGCAACGCUGCCCAGGACAUAGAUGACCCCACAGCCUACAGCAUAGAGACAGCUAAGCAGAAGGUGGUGAUGGAGCGCUUGCGUCGUGAGGCGGAGCAGCGUAAGACCCAGAGGCGUAAGAAGCUGGCUGAGCUGCAGCAGAGCUUCCAACAGCUGUUGGAGCAGAACGACGACCUGCCAGCGCACGUCAGGCUACACAGAGCGGAGCUGGAGCUGGAUCCACGUUUCCGUGAGGAGACAGAGAGAAUGACGGCCCAGAGAGUGAGAGACGCCAGGAGAGAACUCGCCUGGGAGGAGGAGAGACACCGCAUUGGCCUCAACAAACUACAAGAACGGUUCUGGGACUCUCUGGUGUCGGAGACGGUGACGGUGGUGGCGCUCCGUAGCGAGCACCGUAUCUCCACCUAUCGGCUGCUGGCGCUGUCCGACCAAUUCCAGCUGCUGAAGCAGCGCACCCGGACCGGGAGAAGACCCGACGUGAUGGAUCGCCGCCGCAGCACCGCAGACUCCAACAAGGGACCCGCCACUGAACCAGACGAGCAGGAGGAGCUGGGACCAGCUGACUCCGGAAUGCUUCAUUCCCGCAUGAAGCCCGGUGUGAGCAAGCUGAUUGGCCGGCAGGCGGAGAAACUCCGCAAGGUGGCCGAGAAGGCAGAGAAGGCCCGAGCCAAGAUAGAGAAGAGAAAGAAGGAGUGGGACGAACUGUACGCGUCCAAGCCCAGUGAGGACUGUGAGGACCCGGCCGAUGUCUUGGCCAUCCGCAGCGCCACUGAGAACAUGGGCGACUUCAAGCUCAAGACGGCCAAAGACUUCAGCGUCCCCGAACACCUGCGCAUGAACGCCGAGAAGAAGAGAGCCCAGCUCGUCACUCUGGAGGAGAGGAUCUACAAUCAAAAGAUGGAGAUGAACGCCCGGGUGAUGGAGCUGCGCGACGGCAAGGUGGCGCUGCUCGCCUCCCUGCACUCGCUGCUCCACCGCCUGCGGGACGUCCAGCGGCGCCUGCCCGCCUCCGAGCGCCGGCCACUGCCCGCUCUGCCCGCCCUGCUGCCCGAGGAGACCCCGGAGAAGAAGCUGCGCUACACGCGCACCACCCUGCGCCGCUACGGCGCCCUGCUCAAGGACAGGGAGGCGCGGCACGGAGGAGGAGGAGGCGCAGACGAGGAGGAGGAGGGGGACGACCUGCUGGCAGAGCUGGGGAAGGAGGGACAAGGAGAGGAGGAGGAGGAGGAGGAGAGGAAGGGGAGUGGGGGAAGCAGGCAGACUGGUGAGGGGGAGGUGGGGGGAGAGGAGGAACAGGAGAUGGAGACGGAGCUGGAGGAGGAGAUGAGGAGAGUGGAGGAGAUCAAGAACCUGUAUCUGCAGGACAGCCUGCUGCAGGAGAUAGAGGACGUGGUGUGGAGCUUUGACGCUGAGCUGUGUCUGCUUCGGCACGAGAAGCUGAGCCUGGACAUCCAGAUGAAGCUGGCCGACCUGCGGCACGUCACGCUGUUCCAGGAGCUGCUGCUGCUCAAGGAGUUCGAGAAGCGCGAGAACACGCUGCAGGGACGCCUCAACGCCCGCGUGCACGAGGAGGACGAGCUCAGGGCCAAGCUGGAGGAGUUCAAGAAGCAGCUGGAGGUGAAGCGGCGGGACAUCGGUAAGCUGCAGGAGAGGGAGCGCGCCAUCGCCGGCACCUUCCAGGCCUCCCUCGGAGACAACAACAAGUUCGCCGAGUUCCUCACGCGCGUCUUCAAGAAGAAGAUCAAGCGCGUCAAGAAGAAGGAGAAAACGGGCGAAGACGAGGAGGACGAGGCCAGCAGUGAGGACUCUGACGAGGAGGACUGGGAUGAUGAUGAGGAUGAUGAAGGCUCUGAGGCAGGGGCGCUGGAUGACAGCGUGUGUCCGCCGAACUGUGACCCGGAGCUCUUUGAGAACACGGUGCAGCUGCGUGAGCGGCGUCUGGACCUGGAGGAGCUGCUGGCUGAGGAGAAGAAGAUGGCCGACGGCCUCAAGAAAGAGUGCGACGCGCUGGCCAAGAAAGCAAAGAUUGUGCAGACCACACUACAGGCAGCAGAGGGCGACCUAGAGCUCUUCAACAGGGAGAAGCAGCAGAAACUCAACGAGCUGGAUGUAGUCGUGCCACUCCGACUACACCAGAUUGAGUUCCUGGUGAACGGCACCAUGCCCAGGCGUCUGGGCUCGGCUCUGGUGCUGAACACGGCGCCGCUGGGCCGUCUGCAGAGCCGCAUCAGAGAGCUGCAGCAGGAGAAGAGCCAGCAGAGGGAGCUCUACCGCCACGCCCGCCAGCAGCACGUCACCCUGCAGCACGAGCACAAGGACAUGCAGGCCAACAUUAAGGAGCUGGAGGGCCGCUGUGAGCACCUGAUGCUGCUGAAGUUUGGGAAGGUGGUGGACCUGGAGGCGCUGCAGACGCUGUCUGGUAACAGAGUCCUGGAGGAGAUGAGGCAGGAGAGCCGCGUCAGGGAGGUGACCUACGCACAGGAGAUCAAGGCCUGGGAGGCUAACAUGUGUAAGACUCGUGAGACCCUGACUGAGGUGACCCGCCAGAACACGGAUAGACUGCGCUGUCUCAACAGCCUGCUGUGUGAACAGAAGGAACUGGAGGACAAGCUCAACAGCAGACAGAAAAAGAUGGGUGCCCAGUUCCUGAGCGGGCGGCGUGCGGACGGCGAGUCCAAGCGGCGGCUGCAGGAGCUGGUGGAGUCGCAGGCCCAGGAGGCGCUGGCGCUGCGCCAGGAGAUCGCCGUGCUCGCCCGCAAGGGUGGACACAUCCUGCCCCCGCCGCACACGCCCCUGCAGCCCAGCCCGCCCGCGCACACACACACGCACGCGCCCGUGCGCACACGGCAGGUACACUUGCGCACGCAGCUCUCCGGCAAUCGGUAGAGGGUGGGAUAUCACCAUGCAGACACACACA